UUAGAGGAACAAAGCUUAAACGAGUAUUCCAGAGUAUAUCAACCCACUUCCUCACCAAUACAAGCAGUAAUAAUUGUGAAGCAAUGGCAAGCAAUUCGAGGCCCACUUGGGUCUCCACCUGUCAUGGUGCUUGUAGGCUCCGAAAACCACGCGCUUAUCCUGACACUCAGGGAAAAGUGGAGGAAACGUCUGAACCCACUGCCGAGGUGGUCCCCGAAGUCGCAUAAACUGGUAUAAAGCAAUAGAGAAUCCCAAUUUUGGAGAAGUAACAAACCUUCCAUGACAAGACGGUUCAUGAGGUGCUCUCUUAGGCAUAUGCACGACUGCUGUUCUUGAUAAAUGCUGCAAUUAUGGGACCACCGGCUUCGUCCAACCGAGGCACUAACCGUCGACUUAAAAGUUUCCUGGAUCCGGGUAAACUAACCAAAGUUCGCCCCCAAAACCUCAAGCGCGGCCAAUUCAAUGGUAAGAUCAAGCGAAGCCCCAGGCGCAGAUGCCCAGGAACGGAAUAGUUAGUGCUGGCGCUAAACCAUAAUUUCGGGACCUGUGACCUUGAAGACGAAGGCUAGUCAGUUCAUGAUGUUAUCGACUUUAGCUCUAGUUAGGCACUAACAGCUGCGCGCCAGCACGAUUCUCAGCUCGCGGGUUUGCUAUCAGAAUCAAGGUGUGGGAACACUUUGCCGUGAAAAUUCGCCGAUUAUAAGCGAUCAGGGCCGACUUCCUGAUCAGGAAAUUAUCAACGAAACCUCUUAUUUCUCCGAUUAUCGGAGGAGCGGCAUAGUAAUCCGGUGAUUUGUGCCUUCAUGUGUAGAACAUCUAACUAUCCGGAAGCCGGUGGCCGCUUACCAAGUAGCACUUGUGUAACUUAUAGGCUUCCAAGAACUCCACACAUCACAGGUAUGCUAGCUGCGCAAAAUAUGGAAAGCCUCUUGGAUAUGCCGCAAAGUUCUUAUCGUCCUGCUCUGGAUGCGGGGAAGCCUAGGCUGGGGACUCGUCGAUGCUUGUUGGAAGGUCCUAUGUCGAAUAGAUGUACGCGAUGAAAACCUCCUUUGUAAACAACAAAUCUAUGUCACUGCCAUAGUGAUUCCGCCGCCUUGUUCGAGCCAUGGACUCAUCUUCAUCUGCUUUCGAUAUUCCUUUCGACAAACUACCCAAUCCCAAACAAGUUUGGGUUGGGAAGCCAGGGAGCAACGAAGAAGGAUUGGGAAAGCUUGCCUUGCUCACCCCUGAAGUAGUAGCCAAUGCAGCAAAAGAGAUAAAGACAGGUCGACGUGUGACGCUUGGAUGGGAAAUGACAAAACUCGAACUGGCCAAUCUCAAUCGGCAUCCAUGUCAACACCACAUUAUCUCUCUGCUCAACGGGGUUGCAUUCGACGAUGUCUACGUUUUCAAUCCGCGUACGUAUCAUCUCUCCCCCCAUCCAUAUGUGUUUUCUUCCCCCGUCGCCUUUUGUCGCAUUGAGGGCCUGAAAACUGACGAAUUCAAAGAGCAAAGCAGUCAAUGGGACGGGCUACGACACUUUUCACAAAAGAUCCCUGCGACAGACGAUAAACCCGCACACCGAGUCUUCUAUGGAGGGACCACUGCCGCCGAAAUAUUAGACCGAUCCACGGAUCGGAUCGGCAUGCAGCACUGGGCUCGUGCCGGAAUCACGGGCCGUGGAGUGCUCAUCGACUACGCCUCGUGGGCCGAAAAGCAUGGUAUCGAAUAUACCACAUUCUCCACACACCAAAUUCGGCUCGGCGACAUCAUCGAAAUUGCAAAGGAAUGCGAUAUCACAUUCCAGAAGGGCGAUAUGCUAUUCAUCCGGAUUGGGGUAACCCACGAAUGGGACAAUGUCAUGACGGACCAACAGAAGCGCGAAUACUCGCUUCAUCCUGCGCCAGAGCAUGCAGGAGUCGAAGCAACGAUAGAUAUGCUGCGCUGGAUUUGGGAUUGCAAGUUUUCCGCGGUAGCUGGCGACGCUAUUAGCUGGGAGGUCAGCAGCUCCAUCAGUCAUGUUCCUUUUUCCCUCCUAACUAGAGAAGUCAACUUAUGCGAGGAAGAAAAGCUGAAAUCAGUCUUAGGUAUAUCCUCCACAGGAUCCGGAGCUGUUUCUGCACGAAUACCUGCUCGCUGGCUGGGGCAUGCCAAUCGGUAAGUGAAGACCAAAGAGGAGUUGACGUCUGAAGGUCUCAAAGAGGGACGGUGAUGAUCUCGUGAUCUUCUCAGCCCUAACCAGGUUCAUUCCAUUCGCUCCUUGUACCGUGUCUGAUAAGCGUAUGAUCUAGGAGAACUCUUUGACCUCGAAGAGCUUGCCCGCACUUGUAAAGAGCUCGGAAGGUGGAGUUUCUUUGUUGCAUCCGUGCCGCUGAAUAUGCCCGGCGGAGUUUCGUCGCCGCCGAAUGCAGUAGCCAUAUUCUAGAAGGGAAAUUAACUCAACGCAAAAAGUUAGUUGGCGUAGUUAAAAAAUUAAACAUUCUAAUUCCUCAUUCCAAG